AAUUUAAAACAAUAUAUAUACAUCUAUAUAUAUAAAUAUAUAUAUAUAUAUUAAUCUUAAUGAUUAGUUGAAUUAGACUUUUUACUUAUAUGAUUUUGUAAUCAAUUGUAUUUUGUCAUAACCAAAACUUUAAAUAAUAGAUCACAAAAUUUGAAUGUGAGACUUUUAACAGUUUUACUAAUUUAUAGUGUUUUUAAAAAUUCAAAAUAUAACAUGUAGAGAAAAUUCUGAUUUUGUUAUUAUAUGGUUAAUUUAUUAUAAUAGCUUAAAAUUAAUUAAAUAUGAUAGAAGAUAAACUAAUUUUUAUCAAAUUUUUAUUAUUUAAAAUUAUUAAUUGUCAUAUAUUUUAGUCACAUUAGGCAAUUUCAUAACUUUUAUUUAAGAAAAUAAUAAAGAACAUUAAUAAUGAGUUUAUUAUUUGUUUAAUCAAAUAACUUAUUAUACAAUUAGAUGGGCCACCUAGGCAUGGACAUUCGGGGUCCCAAUCGGGUUUCGAUUUUGUCCAAUCGGAUCUUUUUUUUUGGUUUAUCAAAAUCAGUUUCAUUCGGAUUAUAUGAAAGUUUGGUUCGGGUUCUCUCGGGUUUGGGUCGGUUGGUAAAUCUUCAAAGAACCGGUAUAACCCGAUGUACUUUCGGAUUCGGGUCCAAUCGGUUUUUUGGUUUAAAAGUACGUAAUUUUUAUAUACUUUGUAACCAAAACAUAAGUAAAAUCGGUUCGUCGCUUUUAAAAUACCUGAUUUAUAUCUAUUUAUAACCAAACCAUAAGUAAAAUCGAUUUAAAAAUAAGAAAUGAACAUCAAACUCGAUCAUUCAAAAUCAAACGAAAGGUAAACAUAGUUAUUGAUAGAAAGAAAACCAAAUAAAAGAAAUCAUAAAACAAAAACCAAGUUCUCAUAAAAUGAGAAACAUUAUACAAUGAAAACAAAACCAAAAUCUAAAAACUUCAAACUUCAAGCUUCAACCAUCAACUUCAACCACCAACUUCAAGCAUCAACCUUAAUGGAAUAGUUAAAUAUUUUAGAUCUUCAAUAAUUUCUUAGUGUAUUUUGGAUACAUAUUAGGAAUUAAGAUCAUGUUUGGUAUUUGGAGAUUUUGAAUUUUUCGGGUUCUAUCGGAUAUCCAUUUAGAUUCGGGUUCGGUUCGAAUAAUACUCAUAACCCAAAAUACCAUAAAACAAGAUCCAAUCGGUAUUUACAUCAGGUUUGGGUUGGUUCGGAUUUAUUUUUAUCGAACCGGGUUCGUUUCAGAUUUUCGGAUUCGGUUUAUUUGUCCAGUCCUAGACCAACCUAUUUUUAUAGUGAUUUUAAGAAUCAUCAUAAUGAUGACAUGGCUACAAAGAAUUGUAAUGUUUUUCAAUUAAUAUAUAGGAAAUUUAUGGUAUUUUAAGCAAUUUCUUCUAUUAUUAUGUGUGGUGUAUUUCAAAAGUAUAGAUCGGCAAUGGGAUAAUCAAGGAAGAAGAAAUAUGUGAAUGAUACCUUUUAUGGAAAGAAAAAUAUUUUUUUUUCCGGGGAACUAUCUAAUGUUAUAUAUUUCUAUUUUUAGCUACAUCCAAAACCAUUUCAAAAACAAAGUCCAAUUAUUUAUGCACAACUUUAUUUACCUUGCCGUCAAAUAUUUACUUGUCAUAGUAGACCACAUUUUUAACUAUUAUAAAUUCUUUGAGAUUUAAAAGAAUAAAUGCAGUAUCGAUUUCAGAAAAGGCGAUAAACCAAAAAUUACACUAACAAAAUCUAGCAUUCCUAAUGUUCAAAAGAAUAACAAUCUAGCAUUCCUUUUUCGGUCGUUUUGUCAGUGAAAUAUAAAAUAACACGGGUAGAUUGUCAUUAAAACCACAAAUGUGUACAUAGUGUACACACACAAAGUGGUUAACAGAAUUUAAUACCACCAAAAUUCUUUAUUUUUUAAACCAAAAUUUCAUUCAUAAUAAUGCUAUUUGAUUCUCUAAUAUAUUAUUUUUUUUGGUAAAAAUGUUAAAAUCUAAUAUAUUAUUUUAAAGGAAAAACAGAUAUCGUAUUAACACACAUAAACAAUACCUGAAAUUACAUCAAGAUCGUAGACAGAAAAAUAUUAUACUAAAAGCGAUACAGAAAAAUAAAAAAUAAUAACAUAUAAAGAGAAUUAAAAAGAGAAAAUAAAUUUAUGAAAAUAUAGAUCUGCGCGUGAGACUGGAUUUUGAUCCCAGAAAAUCUGUUAAACACAAUAUUCGGGAAAAUUAAAUUUGCAUUUACCAGCUGUUUCUUUCUCACUAAUUUUCCAUUUUUAUAGCUUCUUUUCUCCAACACAUAACUUUCUUCAACAACGUUUUCUAUUAAACCCUAAAACACUGUCGGAGGUUUUGUGUUACUUUGUUUACUUCUCUCCCACGUAAUGGAUCCGUGCACUUUCGUACGUAUUACUGUCGGAAACUUGGUUGUUAGGGCAUCGCCAUCUGUUUCGGACGCAGCACCCGGUAACUGGUUCUGUAAGAUCAAAUUCAAGAGUUUGCCACGCCAAGUCGUUGCUGUUCCCGUUCUGUUUCGAACCGAAUCAGAAUCCCAGUCCCGGUUGUGCUCCGGUGAUGUGCCAACCGUUUCUGCCUGCUUCACUCUAAGCAAGGCUCAGAUUGAAUGGUCUCUUAUGAAGCCUGAACGGAAUGUCCUCACUGUCGAGGUUUAUUCCUCUGUUCCGUCGUGUGGACUCGUCCCUUCUUUGGGUGAGAAGCUGAUUGGUCGCUUUAAGGUUUCGCUGGACUUGAAGAUGGCGGAGACAACGUGUUUGGCUCACCACGGGUGGAUUGAGUUGGGCACUAAUAACAAGUCAAAGAAGAAGAAGAAUCCGGACCUCCACGUUACCGUACGGGUUGAACCCGACCCGAGAUUUAUGUUUCAGUUCGACCGCGAGCCCGAGUGUAGUCCCAAAAUUUUUCUGGUACAAGGAAACAAGAAAGAAGCUGUUUUCACAUGCAAGUUUGGAAUCAGAAACUCCCCGAAUUUUACUAGAUUAUCGUGCAUGACCACUGGAAGGAAACAGACAUGGAGGGCGAGAAAAGGUUGGUCGAUAACGAUCCAUGAUCUCUCUGGCUCACCAGUAGCUAUGGCUUCGAUUGCCACACCUUUCGUACCAUCACCCGGUUCCAAGCGCGUGUCUAAAUCAAGCCCCGGCGCGUGGCUCAUCCUCCGGCCUGAUGGCUACAUAAUGAAGCCAUGGGGUCGUCUUGAGGCAUGGCGUGAACCUGGCUUCUCUGACAUUCUCGGUUACCGGUUCCAUUUAUUUCAAGAUGACAUCGCUACUGAAAUCUUCUCAUCGUCUUCGAUCAGGACGAAAACAGGAGGGAGCUUUGUCAUGGACGGAACCAUCGCUGCCGCGGACACCAACACGGCAGCUUCUUUGACACUGUCGGAUGGAAGCUUUGAUCUGUCUUCCCGGAUGAGUACUGGAUCAUCAAAAAACCGUUCAGGAUGCGGGUCGGAUUUCGGGUAUCUUCUACCGCAAGGGCAACAAAACUUGGGGUUUGUGAUGUCGACCACGGUGGAAGGAGUUGAGAAACAGAGCAAGCCUAAGGUGGAAGUAGGGGUCAAGUAUGUGAAAUGCGUGGAGGAUGCGGCGGCGCACGUGGCUUUAGCAGCGGCAGUGGAUUUAAGCAUGGAUGCUUGUAGACUGUUCUCUCACAAGAUAAGAAAAGAGCUGAGACAGCCAAGAGUCGUUUAAGGUUUAUUGCUUUUAUGAUUAGUUGUCUUUUUCCACUGGAGUAAUUGUCUCUUGUGGAAAAGUUUAAGAAAGAGUAUUUUUUUUUUAAUUUGAUGUUUCAUGUUAGAAUUUGAACUUGUAAAGUCCAAAUAUUAAUCAUGUCUCCAAUUAUUUUCAAACAAGUUCCUUACUUCAUAGUUUAACCUUGAAGACAAACAAGAAUAUCCAAACAGAAUAUGCACUGAAACCUCUAUAAAUUAAUAAUGUUGAGACUACACCAAAACUAUAAUCUGUUUAUUAAUUUAUAGAGAUAUUAAUUUAUCGAUAUAUAAAUUGAACCAAAAAUUCAAUUUGGGACUAUAAAAUUAUAUUAAUUUAUGGAGAUUUUUAGUGUAUAUUAAUUUAUAGAGUAUUAAUUUAAAGAGGUUAUACUAUUGACAAUGGAGUAACUUAUUCACUUAUUGUUGCCUUCUACAUUUCUACUUCUGGUUUUAGAAUGGUGGAAAACAAUUUGAUUAACGGAUCAUUAUGAUUUUGAUCAUUAGAAUAUUAUUAUAAAUUAAAUUUAAUUAUAAUUUUAUUAUUAAAAAAAUUAUGUGAUAUUUUAAAUAAAUUUUAUAAUUAUACUUUAUAUUAUAUUAAAAUAAAAGUAAUAUAUGAAUUAAAUAUGAUAAAAUUGGUAAUUUUUCCUAUUUUAUUUUUUAAAUGCUUUAAUUAAAUAAAUAUUUAUAUUCACUGUUAUCAGAUUAAAAUUCGUAAACUAUCUAUCUAGUAUUUUUGUACGAAAAAAUAAAAUUAUUAAGAUAUGUUAAACUGUUAUAUAUACAACUAUUUCUAACAUCCAAAAAUAUCCUAUAUGGAUAAAAUUAAGUAAAAUAAAAUGAUUUAUGCUACUUUACAUAAAAUUUACUAAGGAAAAAGGAUUAUAUUGUUUUAAUGCAUUUACUUAUAAAAUCCCACAAAAUACUAAAAUGAUAGAUUUUAAAAUAUAUAUUUUUAAACACAACAUGAAAAUAUAAAUAUAUAAUGUGCGUUAUCUAGGCAUUUUGAGAAAUGCUAGGGUAUGUGACGCAUCUGAUAACGCACAUUGGAGACUAGGAGGAGGAAGGAUCCGUGUCUUCCAGGAUAUUAUUGAGCAGAUUCAAGAACGACCUGUACCUGUUAAUGACCUAGGUCCAGACAUUGUUCUGUGGAAGCAUAAUCAGAAUGAUUAUAAGGAGUUUUUUUCAGCUACUAGGACUUGGGAACAAAUCAGAGUCAGACGUGAGAGAGUGGAUUGGAGCACUGUGGUAUGGUUCACGCAGGCUGUUCCUAGAUUCUCUUUUAUUACUUGGCUUGCAAUAAAGGAUCGGCUGUCUACAGGAGAACGUAUGAGGGUGUGGGGUUUACAUCAGGAGUGCUUGCUGUGUGGGGAGAGGAAUGAGACUAGAGACCAUCUAUUUUUUGCAUGUCCUUACAGCUAUAUGGUUUGGCUACGAGUGACGGGAAGACUUUUUGGUACUCGUAUAACACCAGAUUGGCAGGAUACUGUUGCAAGGAUACGCUAUGAUCGACGGUCAAAGCUGGAUACAGUCCUUGUCCGAAUGGUCUUUCAAAUGACAGUUUACCAUAUUUGGAGGGAGAGGAAUGUAAGGAGACAUGGGAAAGCUUGGAUACCUUAUGAGAAGCUGACCUCUCAGAUCGAUAAGACUAUGAGGAACAGAAUCUCUUCUCUGAAAUAUUCCUAUGGGGAUAAGCUAGCAGGACUGAUGAGGCGUUGGUUUGAAGUGACGAUGUGAGACAAGUUCUCUCUUAGCUGAAUUAGAAAUUUUUUCAUUUUUUGUUCUCUUUGGUUUAGAAGCUAGUUACUUUUGUUUUCUCUUUUUGUAAAUUUCUAUUAUUUUGCUGAUUAUCAAUAAAUUUGAAAUUUCAUCAAAAAAAUAUGAAUAUAUAAAUACCAUUCUACAGUAUAACUAAAUAAGCUUAUAAAGGUAAUGUAUGCAACAAGAGUUAAAAACAAAGUAAAAUUUAUAAAACAGAUCACUAUAUAUUAUUAAUGUCGAAUAAGAAACCUAAAAAUAAGAUUAUAGAAUUGCAUAUUAUAUAACACUAAAAUGUAAAUCGAAUAUUUAAAUUUUUUAUGAUAGUAUCACAUUUGUACUGGUAAAAAAUUUAUGUGAAGAAUGACCACCACAUAUUGCAAGUGCAUGGACAUGGUUGAAUGUUGUAUUUGUCUUUAGAUAAUAAAAAAACAAAUUAAGCUAAGUUGAUGACUAAGUAAAGUUUAUUUACUCACAAAUAACUUAAUCUAAGUAAAUUUGUUUUUUUAUUUACAAAAAUAAAAGAAGUAAAUUUGGUAAUGAAACAAAUUUAGUGACAAAUGACUCAGCUAAAUACAUUUGAUGACAAACCCAAGAUAAAUUGGUUACAAAUGACUAAAGCUUAGUAAACUUAGUGAUUAAUGUCUACAUUACUGUAUGACUAAAUUGAUAAAUCUCUCAUAUAAAUAUACAUCUUAUCUCUCCACAUAUAAAGUUCCAAGAAAAUCUCUAGUCUUUUUAAAAGUAAGUCUCGAGAAUUUAGCGUAGAUGUUAAGUUUGCGGAUUAUGUUUUGGGUGAUGCAAAACAAUCUCACAUGGUUUUAUCAUGGAAUUCAAAAUUGUAUAGAAACUGUCUCAUCUAUGGCGAUUUAUUGAAUUAAGAAAAGAGAUCACAUUUCAACUCCACAUUUUCGUCUAUUUACUUAACGAUUUUCAAACGUUUUAUCAUUUUAUAUUAUCGUUUCCAACUUGUUUUGUUUUGUAAUUUUCGAUCUUGAUUCUCGUUACCUAACAUAAAGUAUGUAGACUUUAGAGGCAAAGUGUUUAUCCAGUAGCCAACUAUAAAACAUUGAUCAAAACAGGACAUGUAUAGAUUAUCAGUUUGCAUUAUACGACUUGUUGAAUGAAGUAAGACACAUCCUCCUCAUACUCAUCAUAAUAAGCCGGCACAAUCGUCCAGUCAAAAAAGUCAGAAUAAGUUGCGGUCCAAAUAAGAUUCACUAAAAAGAACAAAACUUGGAUUCAUCCCCGUGGUAAAUUCUCUAAUUUACCUCAAUGACUAGAACCAAUCACAGUGCCAUGUAGGAUUAGUGAAAAAAGAAUAAAACUAAAAAGAAAAAAGCUAAAAAGGAAAACGAAGACGUCGCCGUUAAUGAAGAAUAUAAGGUGAUCUUUGUUUAUCUUUUAGGUUUUGAGCUUCAAUCCACGAUUGUUUUUACUUUUGUCUCCAAGGAGCUUCAAAUCAAAGACAGGCUUGUUAAUUUAUUUCAACACCAAGAACUGAUCUAGAUUUGAUUUAAUUCAACCCUAACACAUUUCUAAAGAAGGUAGAAAUACUAACCUUGAUCCAUGCUUGGAUGCAAUCCCACCAA